CCACGCGAUGAGAUUUGGAGAAUCAGGCAGAAGAGCGGGGGUACAACUUUGACCUUUGACAUCCGUCAAUAUUCCAACCUACUAUCCGCCAUCUUGAUUCCGACGUCGUCGAUGUGUGCUUUGUCCAGUUUAUGUAGUAUUUUGGCCGUUUUCUUCCGCCCAGGAUCAGUUAAAGGAAAGAUAUGGCAGCAAGUGAUGGGUCUCCAACCAAAGUUUUCAGGCCACGCAACAGUCCGAUACUGACAGACAUGGCCAUUAGAAAAGGUGAGAAACUACCUGAUGAGUCCAACCUCUCCCAAUGUACGAUGCCAUUCAAUCAUGCAGCAAAAAAGCAAAAAACGGACUUGGACGCACACAUGGAUACAAGUGUGACGCCAUACAAUUGUGAGCAGUUUGACUUCUGCACAGCAAGCAAAGAGACCUUAGACACGCACAUGGCUAAACACACCGGUGAGAAACCCUACACGUGUGGAGAAUGUGGGUUCAGAACAGGAUACCAAUCUGCCCUAUCAAGUCAUAUGAAAAUACAUACAGGAGAGAAGUCAUACAAGUGUGACCAGUGUGACUAUUGCACUGCUCUGAAAGAACAUUUGGAACGACACAUGGCUAUACACGCCGGUGAGAAACCCUACAUGUGUGGGGAGUGUGGGUACAAAACAGGGGAGAAGUCUGCCCUGUCAAAGCACAUGAAGAUACACAGAGGCAGCACGGCUAGAAAAGAAGACUCUGAGUCAGACAAACACGUGGCUAAACACAACAAUGAGAAACCCUACAUGUGUGGGAAAUGUGGGUACAGGACAGCUUACAGGGAUGAACUAUCACGUCAUAUGAAGACGCAUACAUUGGAUAAGCUGUACAAGUGUGACCAGUGUGACUACUGCACAGAUAGCAAAUGGCGUUUUAAUGAACACAUUGCCAGGCACACUGGUGAGAAACCCUACAUGUGUGGGAAAUGCGGGUUCAGGACAGCUGAUAAGUCGUACUUAUCACGCCAUAUGAAGACACAUACAGGGGAGAAGCCAUACAAUUGUGACCAGUGUGACUUUAGCACAGCUUGUAGACAAUACUGGAAAAAACACAUGUUCAGACACACUGGUGAGAAACCCUACAAGUGUGAACAGUGUGACUACUGCACAGCUUUUAAACAAGCCUUGAAAACCCAUAUGACUAAACACACAGGUGAGAAACCCUACAUGUGUGAGAAGUGUGGGUUCAGGACAGCUCACAAGUCGUACCUAUCACGCCAUAUGAAGAGGCAUACAUUGGAGAAGCUGUACAACUACAAGUGUGACCAGUGUGACUACGGCACAAAUAAGGAAGGGCGACUGGAACAACACAUGGUUACACACACUGGGGAGAAACUGUGUGGGAAAUGCGGGUACAGGACAUAUGACAGGGAUGACCUAUUCAGUCAUAUGAAGAUGCAUACAGCCGUAAAAAUGUGACUAUAGUGCAGCUAGAAAGUCUAGCUUGGACAUGGACACGGUUAAGCAUGUGUGGAGAGUGUGGGUACAGGACAGAUUUGAGGUCUACAUUUUCAAAACAUAUGAAGAAACAUACAGAAGACUUGCAGGUGAGAAACCCUACAUUUGUGGGGAGUGUGGAUUCAGGACAGCUUACAUAGCUGCCCUAUCACAUCAUAUGAGGAGACAUACAGAAGGAACACUUUACAAGUGUGACCAGGGUGGCUACUGCACAGCAUUUAAAUCAGCUUGGAAUAGACACAAGGCCAAACACACCGGUGAGGAACCCUACAUUUACAUGUGUGGGCAGUGUGGGUUUAGGGCAGAUUAUAAGUCUUUCUUUUCCAGGCAUGUAAAAAUACAGUCAGAAGAAAGGCCACACGUACAAGUGUGAUCAGUGUUAGUAUUCGGUUAGUCAUAAGGCCAUCUGAAACAACACAUAGCCAAGCAUGUUCCAGUUGAAGAGAAGCCGUACAUGUGACCACUGUGGCCUGUGCGCAGGAAAAAUGCUCUAGGAUACCAUCAAUGUAAAAAAAAGUUGAGCUUUUA